GGCGAAACCUCCAGAAGGAAAAUUGUAGUGUCGAGGUGGCUUCUUUACGGUGUUUCUCGACGACCUUCUUCUUUCUAUUUCUAUUGCUAGGGGCCUGAAGGGAUAGGAAGCUCUUCUCCUCCCUCUCCUAUGGUUUACUGAAUUUUCGUUUUUCAUCUUUUUACAGUCGUUUGACCCGGGCCGUGGUCACUCGAGUUUCGCCAUGGCAAAACUUGUGGAUGAUCCCCAAAUCAAAUAUGCGUCCUUUCAUAACCCACUUCCUGUCCAACUCCACACUUAUGUCUGGCCGUUCUUGAUCGUCUGGCCUGCGUUCCUAUCCAUCUACCUCUCCCCCGAGCGCUAUGAUACAUACAUUCAAGGCCAGGAAUGGACAUUUGUGUGGCUAGCCUCGAUUAUCACGGCCCAAUCGCUCCUUUGGUUGAUGACGAAAUGGAAUAUCAAUAUACAAACGUUGUUCACGGCAACCAGCACCAAGUCUAUCGAUUCUGCUCAGCUCAUCAAAGUGAUUCCGGAGGCCAACGCCGGAUCGGCCGAGAUAUGUCCUUUGAUCCGUGACUCUAUGGGUGGAAAGAUCACACUUUCGUUUUUGUUCCAGAAGCGUCGAUUCCUCUAUUAUCCAGAACGCCGGUGCUUCGGCCCCUUGUCAUACGUCCUCGAUGCCGAGCCCAAGCCUGCCAUUAAGAUUUUCCAGGAAAAUCAGGGAUUGGUUUCUAAGGCCGAAGUAGAGCGCAUUCAGCAUCACUAUGGAGACAACAAGUUUGACAUUCCUGUUCCAGGAUUUAUUGAGCUUUUUCAGGAACAUGCAGUGGCGCCUUUCUUCGUCUUCCAGAUCUUCUGUGUCGGGCUGUGGAUGCUGGAUGAAUAUUGGUACUAUUCCUUGUUUACGCUUUUCAUGCUUGUUGCCUUCGAAAGCACGGUCGUUUGGCAGCGUCAGAGGACUCUUAGCGAAUUUCGAGGAAUGAAUAUCAAGCCCUAUGACGUAUGGGUUUACCGUGAGGGGAAGUGGCAGGAGAUCACAAGCGACAAGCUUCUGCCCGGUGAUCUAAUGUCGGUCAGUCGUACUAAGGAAGACAGCGGAGUUGCUUGUGAUAUUCUUCUAGUUGAAGGCAGCGCUAUCGUCAAUGAGGCCAUGCUCUCGGGAGAGAGUACUCCACUACUGAAGGAGUCUAUCCAACUUAGACCCGGUGACGACCUGAUUGAACCGGAUGGCCUAGACAAGAAUGCAUUUGUGCAUGGCGGCACCAAGGUUUUGCAGAUCACUCACCCGAACUCCAAUCUGGAAGAAUCAGAGAAGAGCACGUCAAAGGUCCCUCCUUCUCCUGACAAUGGCGCCAUCGGUAUUGUGGUGAAGACUGGCUUUGAAACAAGCCAAGGAAGCCUUGUGCGUACUAUGAUCUAUUCCACAGAACGUGUCUCUGCCAACAAUGUUGAAGCUUUGCUUUUCAUUCUGUUCCUUCUCAUUUUUGCACUCGCCGCUUCGUGGUAUGUAUGGCAAGAAGGUGUCGCAAAGGACCGCAAGAGAUCGAAGUUGCUUCUCGAUUGUGUCCUUAUUGUCACCAGUGUCGUUCCUCCUGAACUUCCCAUGGAACUCAGCCUUGCUGUCAAUACAAGUUUGGCCGCCUUGAGCAAGUUUGCUAUUUUCUGCACUGAGCCUUUCCGAAUCCCCUUUGCAGGCCGUGUUGAUGUUGCGUGCUUCGACAAAACCGGCACAUUGACUGGCGAAGAUCUCGUCGUCGAUGGUAUUGCGGGUCUUACUUUGGGCCAUGAAGGCGCCAAGGUCGAAAAGGAUGGCGCCCAUUCCCAGCUCGCUAAGGGCGGCAACAUCGGAGUUGACACAACGCUUGUACUUGCGAGCGCCCAUGCUCUUGUCAAGCUAGAUGAAGGAGAGGUUGUGGGUGACCCCAUGGAGAAAGCUACUCUGCAGUGGCUUGGCUGGACUUUGGGCAAGAACGAUAUUCUUACUUGCAAGAAUGCAUCGGCAGCAGAUCCUUUCCGCUCCCCUGAGUCGGUGCAAGUGAAGAGACGAUUCCAGUUCUCUUCGGCUUUGAAGCGUCAGAGCACCAUCGCGACUGUCAUCACUAAUGAACGAAAGUCUUCUAAGAAGACCAAGUCGACUUUUGUGGGUGUUAAAGGUGCUCCGGAGACUAUCAGUACCAUGCUUGUGAACACGCCUCCUAACUAUGAAGAAACUUUCAAGUACUUUACUCGUAAUGGGGCCCGUGUUCUCGCUCUCGCCUACAAGUAUCUGUCUCCCGAGGCCGAGUUGUCCCAAGGACGAAUCAACAACUACACUCGGGAGGAAAUAGAGUCCAAACUGACUUUCGCAGGCUUCCUUGUCUUGCAGUGCCCAUUGAAGGAAGAUGCCAUUAAUGCCGUGCGCAUGUUGAACGAGAGCAGCCACCGCGUUGUCAUGAUUACUGGCGACAAUCCAUUGACCGCUGUUCACGUUGCGCGCCAAGUUGAGAUCGUUGAUCGUGAGGUUCUGAUCCUCGAUGCUCCCGAACAUGACACAUCCGGAACAAGAUUGGUAUGGCGGAGUAUUGAUGAUAAGUUUAAUCGCGAUGUGGACCCCACUCAAAGCUUGGAUUCCGAGGUUCUGAGGACAAAAGACAUCUGCAUUACUGGGUACGCUUUGGCUAAGUUCAAGGGUCAGAAGGCCUUCUCGGAACUUUUACGUCACACAUGGGUUUACGCUCGUGUCUCUCCUAAGCAGAAGGAAGAUAUUCUUCUCGGACUCAAGGAUGCUGGUUAUACUACUUUGAUGUGCGGUGAUGGCACCAACGAUGUUGGAGCUCUGAAGCAAGCCCACGUCGGUGUCGCGCUUCUGAAUGGAUCUCCUGAGGAUCUUACCAAGAUUGCUGAGCAUUAUCGGACAACAAAAAUGAAGGAAAUCUAUGAGAAGCAGGUCGCGAUGAUGCAACGUUUCAACCAACCUUCACCGCCUGUACCUUUGCAAAUCGCACAUCUGUAUCCCCCUGGACCCGGUAACCCCCACUAUCAGAAGGCUAUUGAAAGAGAGGCGGCGAAGAGAGGAUCUGCUGUCGCAGCAAAUGCGCAGAAUCAAGCGGACGGCAUUCCCACCAUUACAUCGCCUGGUGCCCAAGCACUCCAGCAGUCCAACGCUAAUUUGACUCCUCAGCAGCAGCGCCAGCAGCAAGCUUCUGCGGCGGCAGCUGGAUUGGCGGACAAGCUUACUAGCUCCAUGAUGGAACAAGAGUUGGAUGAAAGCGAACCUCCCACGAUUAAACUGGGAGACGCAUCGGUUGCUGCACCUUUCACCAGCAAAUUGGCCAAUGUAAUUGCCAUUCCCAACAUCCUUCGUCAGGGCCGUUGUACACUCGUUGCGACGAUCCAGAUGUACAAGAUCCUUGCUCUGAACUGCUUAAUCAGUGCCUAUAGCUUGAGCGUUAUCUAUCUUGACGGGAUCAAAUUCGGUGAUGGUCAGGUGACCAUCAGCGGCAUGGUGAUGAGUGUCUGCUUCCUUUCUAUCUCGCGCGCAAAGUCUGUUGAGGGUCUGUCCAAGGAACGCCCUCAGCCCAAUAUUUUCAACGUAUAUAUCAUUGGCUCGGUGCUUGGGCAAUUUGCCAUCCACAUUGUCACUUUGAUCUAUCUCACAAAAUAUGUUUACUCAAUUGAACCGAGAAAAUCCGACAUCGACCUGGAGGGUGAAUUCGAGCCAUCCCUACUCAAUAGCGCCAUUUACCUGCUUCAACUCAUCCAGCAGAUCUCUACAUUCUCUAUCAACUAUCAGGGCCGUCCUUUCAGAGAGUCCAUCCGUGAGAACAAGGCUAUGUACUGGGGCUUGGUGGGGGCAUCGGCCAUGGCAUUUUCCUGCGCCACCGAAUUCGUGCCGGAACUCAACGAAAAGCUGCGCCUUGUUCCUUUCAGUACCGAGUUCAAGUUCACGUUGACUGUCCUAAUGAUCGUCGACUACGCCGGCUGCUGGAUCAUUGAGAAUGUACUGAAGAGGCUGUUCAGUGAUUUCCGCCCGAAGGACAUUGCUGUGCGCCGUCCAGACCAACUCAAGCGGGAGACCGCCCGUAAGGCGAAAGAGGGGUUGGAGAGGCUGGCUGCGCGAUAAGCGCAGAGGAGCAUUUAAAUUGAUUAUUCUUUUCUGGAUCUUGAAUAAAGGGAGGGGUGUUUAGAUUCCUUACUGUUGCUGUGGACGGAUAGAAGUCUUUUGCCAUGUGUGAGAGAAGUUUCAUGUUGUAAAGUAUUCUAUACAAUAUAAAGAUUAGACAACUAUGGCUUUAUAUUUUAUGAAGCAUUCGCCUACUACGUUGGGUUUACAUUCGAAUCUGCAAAUGCUGAUAGAUGAUUCAGGGCUAUGCUAUUGUUG